AUGGACAUUCUCCAGCGGGACCAGCAUUACCCCGUUCCAAAGGGGGCGUCUGAUAUCCUCGGGGUGGAAUUUGCGGGUGUUGUGGAGGAAGUUGGUCCAAAGGUGGAGAGGUACAAGAAGGGGGAUAGGGUUUUUGGACUCGUCUAUGGGGGUGCCUACGCAGAGUAUGUGACAAUUUCGGAACACAUGGCAAUGUCCAUUCCGGAACAGUUUACCUUUCAACAAGCGACUGCCAUUCCUGAGGUUUGGUUCACGGCAUAUCAGGCUUUGUUUCUGAUCAACGAUCUCAAAGAAGGCGAGGAUGUCCUCAUCCAUGCUGGAGCCAGUGGUGUGGGGUUAUCUGCUAUUCAACUUGCCAAAAAGGCCAAGGCAAAACACAUCAUUGUAACAGCCGGACACGAAGACAAGCUCGCAUUCUGCAAAUCCCUCGGAGCAACCGACGGUGUCAAUUACAAAAAAGAAGACUUUCAACAAAAGGUGCAAGAAAUCACAAACGGAAAGGGUGUCAAUGCCAUUGUAGACUUUAUCGGAGCGGGGUACUGGGAUAAAAACCUGGCUUCUUUGGCAGUGGAUGGGCGUAUGGUCCUCUUGGCUUUCUUGCAAGGUAAAUCCAAUAUGGCACCUAUCCUUCUCAAACGACUCAAGAUUCAAGGAUCCACGCUUCGCUCCCGUUCACUAGAAUACCAAAUCGCUCUGCGAAACCAUAUUGAAAAAGAGGUCCUACCGGGCCUUGUCGAUGGAAGUUUGAAAUUGAUUAUUGAUAAGGAAUUUGGAUGGGAGGACAUUGCUGAGGCUCAUAGGUACAUGGAAAGUAAUCAGAGUAUGGGGAAAAUCGUUGUAAAUGUCACCAAGUGA